CUCAACCUAUAUAAAUCAUCCCAAUUACAGUCUCAGCCUCUUAGUAGUUCUCUAUCGCCCCAAAUUUCCUCUUCGUCUUCCCAAAUUCCCUAACUAUCGCUCACGUUUCUCUCCGUCUUUCUCUUUCUUGCUGGAAAACCCUACCUUCAGUCACUCAUUCGCGAUGCUGCCUUUUUCUUCGAUCGCUUCCGCUCAGAUUCGAUAUCUGCUCCAGAGCUUGAAUGAGUACAACUCCGACUCUGUUCUUGAAGAGCUUUUUCAGUAUAUCAGAUAUGGAGUUGAGGGAAGCAUAUUGUUGCUCCAAACAUGCUUGGAUCACCUGAAUAUUUAUGGGAAAGACUUAAAGAACAUGCAGAUGGAACCCGUUUUUACUUCAAUUGUUAAAUUCCUCUUCGAUAAGCCGAAUUUCAGUACAGUGCUUUGUGAGUCACUGAAAAGUACAGCUAUUGAUGAAGAUUUUCUUGGAAAUUUCUGUAAUGCGCUAUGCUUGUCAGCAUCUGAGAAAGUUGGAGUUGGUCUUGCUUUGUCAGAUUCAGAAAGACUUGAUGUGCGAUUAUGUGGGAAAAACUUCUGCAUGGCUCAGAUUGGGGAACUAUGUGACAGCCAUGUGUCUAUAGAUUCUGCUGAGCAAAUUCAGAAUGUUCUUAUAUUUCUUAAUCGAUCUGAGGGUCUAUCCAAGCAUGUAGAUUCAUUUAUGCAGAUGGUAUCUUUAGUGCAGUUGAAGGAAGGAACUGAAUUUAUUUUGGCUCCAUUGCUGUCGAAUGAAUUGCAUGAAGCCAACUUCUUGAGGAAUUUGGAUAUUUACAAUGAUGUCAAUGAAGAUGAUUUUGACGCUCUUCUAGCAGAAAUGGAGAAGGAAAUGAGCAUGGCUGACAUAAUGAAGGAAUUAGGUUAUGGAUGCACGGUGGAUGUCUCACAGUGCGAGGGGAUGUUAUCUAUUUUCUUACCGCUGACUGAGGUCACUGUCGCUCGGAUCCUUGGCACAAUUGCUUGCACCCAUAUGAGUCUUGAGGACAACCAUAAUACAUUCUUGACAUUCUGUUCUGCUCUUGGUAGCAGCAGCUUAUCAGAUCUGCCACUUCUGAAUUCCUGGAAUAUCGAGGUCCUGAUAGAUUCAAUCAUGCUGCUUGCUUCUGGGAUCAACUGGAUAAAUGUCAUUGAGAAUCUGGAUCAUGAGGGAUUCUAUGUCCCUAACGAGGCUGCAUUUUUCUUUCUCAUGUCUGUUUAUAGAUAUGUGUGCCAGGAUGCAUUUCCACUCCAUGCCGUCUGUGGUUCUGUUUGGAAGAAUUCUGAAGGCCAGCUAUCUUUUCUUAAGUAUGCUGUUUCAGUACCACCUGAAGUAUUCACAUUUGCACAUUCUGGGAGGCAACUGGCAUAUAUUGAUGCUGUAAAUGGUCAUAAGUUUCAGCUAGGACAUGCAAAUCAUGCAUGGUUAUGUCUUGACCUAUUGGAGGUGUUGUGUCAGCUAGCUGAGAGAGGCCAUGCAAGUUCUGUUCGAGCAUUGCUCGAGUAUCCACUUAAGUACUGUCCUGAAAUAUUGCUUCUUGGGAUGGCCCACAUUAAUACUGCAUAUAAUCUCAUUCAAUAUGAAGUGUCUUCUGCUGUCUUCUCCAUAGUACUUAAGAAUGCUUCGGGGAAUGGUAUGGUUCUUCAUCUCUGGCAUGUUAACCCCAAUAUCUUGUUGCGGGGAUUCAUAGAUGCUGUCAACAUCGAUCCGGAAAAUAUGAAUAAAGUUGUUGAUGUAUCCCAGGAGCUGAAGAUUCUAUCACCGGCAUUGGAUAUGGUUCCUUUUUCUUUUGGUAUUAGGCUUGCUGCCCUUGCUUCUCAAAAAGAUCUCUUAGACUUGGAGAAGUGGCUGAGCACUAAUUUGAGUACAUAUAAAGAUAUUUUCUUCGAGGAGUGCCUCAACUUUUUAAAGGAGGUUCAAUAUGGUAUUCAGGAUGUUUCUGCUAACCACUUCAGUCAGACUGGUGCUCUCUGGAAUAUUUAUUACGAGACAAGUUCUACCUUCUUAAAGGUCCUUCAAGCUCAUAGAGGCUUUGUUUCCUCUAGCCAGCUUUCUAAGGAAAUGGAGAAGUUGCAUGUAACAUUUAUGCACGCUAAUUUGAGACUGAAGAAUGGUGCCGGUACUGGUUCAUCAACUGCCGAUGGAUGUGCAGAUGAUAUUGAGGUAGUAGUAAAUUCUUACUUCCAUCAAAUGUUCUCUGGUCAGCUGGCCAUCAACGCAAUGAUUGAAAUGCUUGUGCGGUUCAAGGAAUCUUCAGAGAAAAGGGAACAAUCAAUUUUUGAGUGCAUGAUUGCCAACCUAUUUGAGGAAUACAAUUUCUUUUCCAAGUACCCAGAAAGGCAGCUCAAAAUUGCUGCAGUUCUCUUUGGUUCCCUUAUUAAGCAUCAGCUUGUAAAUCAUCUCACACUUGGGAUUGCCUUGCGAGCUGUUUUGGAUGCAUUGCGUAAACCUGCAGAUUCAAAGAUGUUUGCUUUUGGGACAAAGGCUCUGGAACAGUUUGUGGAUCGCCUGAUUGAGUGGCCACAGUACUGCAAUCAUAUCUUGCAAAUAUCUCAUCUGCGUGGCACUCAUUCAGAGCUUGUUGCACUCAUUGAAAGGGCACUUGCUAGGAUUUCUUCAGGAUAUUCAGAAUCAGAUUUAGGUCAUACUGCUGUUGCUGAUCAACAUCAUGGUUCUGUCCUGGCUGCUGUGGCAAAUGUGGAGAUGUCGGCUUCAUCAUUCCCAUCAAUUGGAUCUGGUGGUUCACAUCCAGGGUCACAACUUUCUUCUCCAAUCCAGCUUCAACAAAAACAUCAAAAUGCUUUGGAUGAGAGGCAUGAAACCUCUGUAACUUCUCCUAACUAUGUGAAGCCGGUUUUACCACCUGCUGGGCGACCUUCUGCUGUUUCUCCAAGUGGUGCAGUUAUCAUUCAGAAGUCUCAGAGUUUACCUAGUGGUCCAGCAGUGCCAUCUUCCUCUCCUGGUUUUACUCGUGCAUCCCGAGCAAUUGCCUCAGCAAGAUUUGGAGCUGCUUUAAACAUUGAAACACUCAUUGCAGCUGCGGAGAGAAGAGAAAACCCCGUAGAGGCUCCAGCAUCAGAAAUUCAGGACAAGUUAUCAUUUAUUAUUAAUAACUUAUCUGCUACAAAUAUUGAAGCUAAAGCAAAAGAAUUUACUGAAAUUCUAAAAGAGCAGUACUAUCCUUGGUUUGCGCAGUAUAUGGUCAUGAAAAGAGCAAGCAUCGAGUAUAAUUUCCAUGACUUGUACGUGAACUUCAUGGAUAAAGUUAAUUCAAAGCCUUUGAACAAAGAGAUUCUCCAGGCCACUUAUGAGAAUUGCAAGGUACUUUUAGGAUCUGAGCUUACAAAGUCCAGUUCGGAAGAGCGUUCGUUGUUGAAGAAUCUAGGUACCUGGCUCGGGAAAAUUACAAUUAGCAAGAAUCAAGUUUUACGGGCGCAAGAGAUUGAUCCCAAAUCUUUGAUCAUAGAGGCAUAUGAAAAGGGUUUCAUGAUUGCUGUAAUUCCAUUUAUCUCCAAGGUAUUGGAGUCAUGCCAUUGCAGUCUAGCAUAUCAACCUCCUAAUCCUUGGACCAUGGGUAUUCUUGGAUUACUUGUUGAGAUUUAUGUAAUACCAAAUUUGAAAAUGUGCCUCAAGUAUGAAAUUGAGUUGCUUUUUAGGACUAUUGGUGUGGAUAUGAAGGGCGUAACUCCGACUUGUCUUCUCAAGGACACGGUGAGGGUGGUUGAAGGAAAUCCGGAUUUCUGGCAGAAAGAUGAUGAAUCAUCUCAAACACAGAUGGUUGGUGAAGUUAAAUCUGGUAUUAUAUCUGCACUGAAUCAAGUUGAGCUACCAGUAGAAGGAGCUGGUCCAUCUCAUCCUGGGGGUCAUUCGCGUGUAUUAUCUCAGUAUGGAGCUCCUCUACAUCUUUCUUCUGGAACAUUAAUGGAGGAUGUGAAGCUGGCAGCAUUAGGAUUAUCUGAUCAGCUUCCUUCUGCUCAAGGAUUUUUACAAGCACAAUCACCAUUUUCUCUUCCUGUACCAGCAUCAAAUAUUGAACAUCAAGUUGUCGUCAACCCAAAGCUCCAUGCUUUAGGCCUGUACUUGCAUUUUCAGAGUGUGCUUCCAAUCACAAUCAAUAGAGCUAUUAAAGAGAUAGUGUCUAGUAUUGUGCAAUGCAGUGUCUCUAUAGCAACUCAAACAACAAAGGAGCUUGUUUGCAAGGACUACGCCAUGGAGUCAGAUGAGACCCGCAUACGUAAUGCAGCACACUUGAUGGUUGCGAGUUUGGCUGGAAGUCUAGCUCAUGUGACAUGCAAGGAACCUCUGCGUGGUUCAAUAUCAAGUCAGCUCAGGAAUUUGCUUCAGGGUUUGAAUAUUGCAACUGAACUCCUUGAACAAGCUGUUCAACUCGUUAUUAAUGACAACCUUGAUCUGGGCUGUGCGCUAAUUGAAAAAGCUGCAACAGAGAAGGCAAUUCAGACCAUUGAUGGGGAAAUAACUCAACAACUUUCUAUAAGAAGUAAGCACAUGGAAGGUGUUGGCCCCACAUUUUUCGAUGGCAGCCCAUAUAUUCAAGGUCACAUGGGUAUUUUACCGGAUGCUCUCCGUACUAAACCUGGCUGCAUAUCCCAGUCUCAACAGAGGGUUUAUGAGGAUUUUGUCCGGUUACCAUGGCAAAACCUAUCAAAUCAGAGCUCAAAUGCUGUGCCCGUUGGUGCAUCUUCUUCCACCACUGGUGGCUCAUCCAGAGCAUAUGGUUCAGCAUCUGGACAGCUAAAUCCUGGCAUCUGCUCAUCUGGCCUUGGAAAUGAAGGUUUGGGUGAUGUUGCACAGCCCUUGGAUCUUGUCUCUGAAGAUUUGGAAUCUACUAAAGCUCAGCUUCAUAGUGUUUCCGCUUCUCAUUUUGGGAUUGGUGAUAGUGUUAGUCUGCACAAUUUUGAAUGUGAUACGACUUCAUUCCCUUUGGCGUCAUCCACUGAAUUGCCUUCAGUGGAACUAUCUAAUGUAUUCAAAGAUGCUGGAGUUUCUGUGCAACCAUUGCCUCCAUCCUUGGCUUCUGAGUGCCUUGGAAGUAAUAUUUCAGAACCUUCGUUGACCACAGGCGAUGCAUUGGAUAAUUACCAGAUUAUUUCAGAGAAGCUUAAAACUCUGCUGGCGAAUGAAGCGAAAGAGGCUGAAAUUCAGGGAGUUAUUGCUGAAGUCCCUGAAAUUAUUCUCAGAUGUUUAAGUCGAGACGAGGCUGCCCUGGCUGUGGCUCAAAAAGUUUUCAAGGGUUUAUAUGAAAAUGGGACAAACGGUGCGCAUGUUGGUGCACAUCUUGCAAUUCUGGCUGCAAUUCGUGAUGUUAGCAAGCUUGUUGUCAAGGAGCUGACUAGUUGGGUGAUUUACUCUGAUGAAGGUCAGAAGUUUGACAAAGAUAUCACUGUUGGCCUUAUUCGCAGUGAAUUGCUGAACCUUGCGGAGUAUAAUGUUCACAUGACAAAGCUUCUUGAUGCGGGAAGGAAUAAAGCGGCUACUGAAUUUUCCAUAUCCCUCAUACAAUCCUUGGUGAUUAACGAUUCUAGGGCCAUAUUGGAGCUUCACAAUCUUGUUGAUGCACUGGCAAAGCUUGCAGCAAGACCUGGUUCUCCUGAGUCAUUACAACAGCUGGUUGAGAUUGCCAGGAACCCUACUGCUGGUGCCACUGCUCUGUCUAGCAUAACUGUUGGCAAGAAGGAUACUAAUGCUCAAUCUAGAAACGAGAAGGCAACUGGGCAGUCUCUACCAAGCCGUGAAGACUACAAUGUUGCAGAUUCGUUUGAACCAGAUCCUGCUGGUUUUUGUGAGCAG